CAACGGGAUUAUCUGGCCGUAUCGGUAGCCGUGGUCGUGACCGCGAUGAUUGGUUUGUGUCGGAUGUUGGGUUGCGAACUGUUCGGAAAUGAUAUUAGAAGAGAUUAAGUUAUUAUUAAUUAGAACCUGAUUGCAGUUUUUUUUUUGGAAUAACAAACAACAUAUGUUGUUCAACAUCUUGUAAUAUCUUUUCAACGCCUCCAAGAAGGCAAGAACCAGAUAACAGCAAUGUCUAAAAAUAUCAUACCACUAUCUCGGUACACUGUCAAAAUGUCUGUUUCGGGUCCUUUCUGUAUGUUAUCUGCCAUUGCUCUCCGAUCAUUCUUCAUCGCAUUCACAUCACAUAGCUCAUGGGACCCGACCGACCCCGACCCGGGCCCCGAGAUGGAUUGUUACAUAAAGCCAACUCCUCCACGGUCGGUUGUCCCAUCAUCAUCCCUCGCCUCCGUACAUUAGAACGAUCCAUUCUCCAAGUGUCCUCAGGCAUGAUAGCAAAAGUCGUUACAUUUCAUCCGUUUCCAUGCGGUAUAUCUCCGAGGGUCGGUGGCGGCGGCGUUGGUGAUGGUGUUGUUUUUUCUUCGUCUGUUGUUAUUUCACUCUGUUGCCAACGUCUUAUGUAUCCUCGAAGCUGCUGCUGUGUAUCCCGGUAACUGCUGCUCGCACCCCGUACAGUCGCAAUCUGUAAACCUCAGUCGGUCUCUUUUUCGUCGCGCUCGUUCACGUUCCUCCGCCGUUCUCGCACGGGGUUUUGCUUUAUUUAGAAUCGUUGACAGAUAAAUGGAGAUAAACCACGACGAUUGGACGAGGGAAAAACAUGUGCUCCACAUGGGUGUGCCCUGGCUGUGUGGCGCAGUCGACGGAGAAGGACAAAACGAAAAAGUCCCUCCAACCGUUGUACAUGUGUUAGCACACUUGCGAGCCGAAGGAUAGUUACCGCAUCCUACGGGAGAAGGUAACAAAAAAAGGUUAUGUCAUGAAUUCUGCUUCCUCUGUGUAGGAAGAAUUAUAUAAAAAUAUCUCUUAUGGAUAACAAGCUUGUAAAGCAGGGCUGGAGAUAUGUUUUAAGAGCUAUCCAGCUAUCCAGAAGAUAUGAUACAUGGAGAUACAUGGCUUAUAUGCUUUCCACCUCGAUCUCCAAAGAACUGAUGCUCUAUGUCAGAGAUUCAAAACUUACAAAUCAGCAAUGGAAACAAGCGUCAUGACAUGGCUGAACUGUAAAAACUCACACAAAAUGAUUGAGACCCCAGCUACCGCUAUCACUGGAAUUCCAUCGCUAUCACACUAACUCUCUCGCUUGUAUGCUGCAGAGGGCUAGUGUGUUAGUGUCAACGAGUCUCAUGGUUACCAUGGUGACUAUGUGUCGUCAGUCGCAUUUGGAGCCUGUCCAUCAUACAUCUGUAUCAGUGUAUCAGAACUAGAAUUCAUCUCCCCGAUAUCUGGGCCGAGGUUUGCUACAUGGAGCAGCGCCGAGAGGACACUGUGCGCACACUCGUAGUGUCGUUGGCCGUGCCGUGUCGGUAGAUAUAUCACCUUUGCUACCGGGCGUAGAUAACGCAAGGGGGAGCAGGUUUCUCAAUGCAUCCUAUAGAAUUGCGGCAUCAUCCUCUUGUAAAUCCCGCCUUCUGUCGAGAGAUAAUGAGAUGAACACACACACAUACAGCCCUUGGAGUGCGAGAUUCUCGCUGAGUCGUGGAGUAUCCUACGUGAUGUACUGGGGGAAUCCCGUGCGGGAGUUGGAUGAUAUUGCGCCCUUCUCUUUCCAAGGAAGGUACUGCUCCAUUCUCGGUGCAAGUGUCUCGUUUUCGCUCGGAACAACGAUUCCAUUCCGACCCGUGGCAGUCAACCCUCCGUGUUUGUGUUCAUCGUCGUCAUCAUCCCCUAUCUGAUAGUGCCGCUUCUGCUUGUGCGAAUGAUUGUGGGUUGUCUUUGCUUAUCUCCGAGUGUUGUAUGUGUGUGUACCCAUCGUUUGCGUAAUGCCGCGUUGCCGCGCACUGACUGGCUGGCUUCGGUUGGAAUUAUGCUGCUGCUGCUGUGCAGCAUAAUUGGAGAGGAGGAGCUAAAUACAGCAUAGAAUUACACACAGAGAGACACAGAAUGAUGAUGAUGGUGAUGAUGAUGCUGUAUGCCCUUUCCGCAGCACGCAGGAGGGCAGAAUGAAUGCGAUGAGAACGAAGAUGUGUAUGUUUAGAUCCACUGCCAGUGUUGUCGUUUUGUGCUGUGAGAAACUUUUUGGACUUUUGAGGGAUUUUUACAUGCGGCGAGUUCCUUGAACCUGGAAUGUUAUGUUCAAAUCAAAGCUUUCAAACUAGACAUCCGUAAAAUGCUCUUUUUGCAGAGACACAACAUUUAAUAGACAAUAUUUUUUGUUGCCUUUCAGUGACAAAAUUCAUUCUCUCUUUUCGGUUGUUCCUACUUCACCAACUUCCAUUCCCUCUGCUCAUGGUUCUCUUGCCCGUGAUUUGUUAUGCUCACCAAAAUGACUCGUCAGUCAUUCAUUCCGUGAGCUUCCAUUCAUUCUUUCUUCGCCCUAUGACCUCGAGAAAGGACAACAAAACAUGGAGACACCGAACCGUCCCGACCGAACCACCGAGAGAAGUCAAGAACGAGAGGUUCGAAACGGUAGAGUGAACGAGCGACAGAUAAAAGGACCUGGCAAAUAGCGGAAGGAUACGUGCGCAUGUGUGUGCCACCCUACUGUAUAAUAUCCCCCCACUUUUUGUCACUUCCCGUACCUCCCGUGGGGGGUUGAAUGAUACACCCAGCGCUCAAAACCUCGAAAACUCGAAGGCUCCUCCUCGUGGCACUGUCACCCCAACAGGAGAUUCCAUGACUGUACGAGGAUGCGCCGUUCGGUACUAUCUCACAGUCACAUUGCGCAUUGGCUGUGGAGUCCCGUGUCCAUCCCUUGACAAUGGGGGAGCAGUAUACUAUUUUUGUAUCAUUCGCGUCCAUUGUGGGCUGAUGUAUCUCUCUGCCCCUUUCACCCUACACACACACACACACACACACACGCUCACAUGGCUCUCUUCCGUUUUCGCAGAAGAUACUCGCACACAUGCGGAGUUCGAGUUCAUUUUUCCCCUCGUUCACGCGGUCGCUCUCUGACACUCUCGCAUUCUGCCCUUUUCUGUCUCUUUCCUUUCUGUCGGUUUCAGUACAGUUUCUCUCGUUCAAAAUGAACCAACGUUCGGAAAAACAACCCCUGCGCUGAUGUGGCACUGAUUGUGUGUGUGCGGUACGGGAAAGGGAGAAAACACUGCCGUCCCCGGGCUACAGCUAGGGUAGUUGCGAGUGCGAGAGCAGGAGCGGCCGACCGGAUCAGAACCGGAUGAUGUGUGUGCGCGCGGCCUGGCCCGUUGGGAAGAAUUUUUACUCUAUUCUUAGCAUCUCCCACAGACAGACAACUGCUGUGCUGAUCAGUGCCGCUUUCGCGCUCGGUUUCCCGAUACGGUCGGUCGGUUUUGCGGGAAAUAUAUUUGUAUCCGUCCCGGCAGGGCACAAGGCGCAAGGAUUCACAAACGCGAUCGGACGAACGGUGGUGGUUCUUAUUAGUGGUGGUGUGUGUUCUAAUGAUGAUCAAAACAGAUAGGAACGAAAGGAAGGAAUACUGUUGUAAAGUGAAAGGAUUUGUAGUGAAGUGAUUUAAGGUUUUAAUUUAAGAAGCAAUUGUGUACCCGCUUUUUAAUGGAAAAAUUGGUGUGAUACGUCACAUGGAAAGUUGAAAAGAUAAAACGCCCUGGAAGUGUUUAUUCGAUUUAAAGAUUAAUAACUUAAUGCUCCCAGUGAUCAAUCAUUUUUGCAAGAAACUAAUCUAGUGCUAACACGAAACUUCCUCCCAAAAUUGGAAUUAAUACCCAUUGAAGACAUCCUAAAUAGUGUCAGUGUGGCGUGAUUGAGUUACUGUAUUGCUCGUGCGCUAGAACAAAAUCGUACACAAAACGUGUAUUUCAUCCAGUCAAAACUUAUCUCGGUGUGAACAGUGGAAUAAACACACACACAGCCAUCCAUGCUAUGGUUGAUAUCGAAUUAAUGAUGCCAGGCAUCAGUGGUGACGAAUCGGACGCAUCCCGUGGACUACCCGUCAAUCUAGAAGUGCCUCCAGGGCUGCAGGUGGUACCGAUGAGCAAGCAUCACGAACACGGUCCAGCUGAUUUCAGCUUGUCCACUUCUCUGCAUCAUCACCUCCUACCCACGGCGGAUGAUGUUCGCGAGCGGCUAAAGUUACAGAGUGCGGAACAGUUCCUUCUUCAGAUGGCGAGACUGCAACGAUCACCACCCGAUCUGGACAUCCAGGCGGGAUCGGUUGUGGCGCUCAAAACCAUCCCCAAGGGCACACAGUACGGACCAUUCGAAGGGAAGCUGUUACGUGAGCCAAUGGAUCGACGGUUCGCCUGGGAGGUGAUAGAUUUAGACGUUCGUGGAUGGCUAGACGCCACGCUGGAACCGACGAACUGGAUGAAGCACAUACGCUGCGGCUCCAGUUCGGCCGACGCGAACGUGCAGCACUUUCUGAAAGAUGGUCAUCUGUGGUACGAAGUGAUAUGUGAUAUCAGUCCCGGAAGGGAGCUGUUGCUACGACCAAAGGUUCCUCUUCAUCCGCGCGAUGGACAAGACGAGCGAGGCAGCGAACGUGGCUCGGGCGGUUCCCAGCACAGCGACAACUACGAGGACGAGUACAAUACGUCCAAUGAUCUUGACUCUAGUCACAACAACAAGGAGCAGCACCAGCAGCAGCAGCAGCAGCACUGUCACAACAGUAGCAACAGCAACAGCAGCGGCAGAAGCAGCAACGGCAGCAGCAGCGGCAACCGGGCGAACGGUCACGGGCCGCACCCGGCAGACGACAGUGGCAACGGAAGCGGUGACCCGCACCAUCACGGCGACGUCAAGGAGGAGGACGAGGACGAGCACGGUAUCGACGCGCGGUGUGUCGUCUGUGAUCGCCAGUGUCACGAUAUUGAUCAGCUCGACGAUCAUCUCGUGAUCUCGCACCAUUAUCCAAAGGACGCCUACAGGUGUGAGCUUUGUCCGAGAGCGUACAGCUACAGACCGUCGUUGCUCCGUCACCGGGCGAUCGUGCACGGCGAGCUAAGGCGCUUUCCGUGCGAAAACUGUCCCAAGAACGAAGAUACCGAUGCGAGCACAGCAACAACCCCCAACACUUCCUCAUCGAGCGAACUAUUCAGUUACCUUCUGCAAGCUCAUGAUACUAGGGUUUUUACCGACCCGUCGAACCUUCAGCGCCACAUCCGGACGCACCACGUGGGAGCCCGCAGUCACGCGUGUCCAGAGUGUGGCAAGACGUUCGCCACCUCGUCCGGUCUGAAGCAGCACACGCACAUCCACUCGUCGGUGAAGCCGUUCCAGUGCGAGGUGUGCUUCAAGUCGUACACCCAGUUCUCCAACCUGUGCCGCCAUCGGCGCAUGCACGCCGACUGCCAGGUGCAGAUAAAGUGUAACAAGUGCGGCGACAGCUUCAGCACUACGACGUCCCUGUCGAAGCAUAAGCGAUUCUGUGACUCGACCGCUGUCACCCGUGGCUCACUCCAUCCCGGAGCGCAUCCAUCGCAGCUGCGUCAUCCACACGACCCCUAUCCGCACGGCACACGGUCACAUUCGGGUGGCAGUCAGCCUGGUACACCCGGCGGUAGUGCAGGAGCAUCAGCAGCAGCAGCAGCAGCAGCGGCAAGUGGAGGACCAGGAGCACUUCAUUCGCUACCACCCGGUAUGGCGACGCCACCGAACCCAUUCCUGAUGUUUCCGGGCGCUCCGUUCUUUGCUCCGGGCUUCCGGCCAUAUCCCGGAAUGCCUGGAAUAUUCCCACCCGCACCCGGGCAGGUUCCUCAGUUCCCGCUGUCCUUCUUUCCAAAGCCGGCAGGACCUGGCCCACUGUCUGAUCAGGAACGUCGCACACCAUCGCCAGCCUCUCGGCAUCUCAGUCUGCUCGAAAGCUACGGCCAGCAGUCGAUGAAGAUCUCUCCACCGACUGGUGAGGAAGCGUCAAACCAUCUGCGUCCCUCACCAGCACGUCCAAUUCCGGUCAGCUUCAACUCGGCGGCGGCAGCAGUGGCAUUGCUUUCGGGAUCUCCUGGCCCGUUGAUGGGCGGCAAUCAUAGCCUGCCGGCGACGGAGCCAAUGCAGCCCGAACGCGGCACCAAUAACAAUCACAUCAAGGAGAACAACAAUCACAAUCAAACGAAUGGCACUAGUUCCUACGGUGGACAGACACAGCAGCAACAGCACCAGAGACGAACCUCGAGCCGCAGCAGCUCGGUGACUGCUGUGAAGGAGGAAUUCAACCGCGAGUCUUCGGAUGUUGAAGAAGGAGAGGCUGGAGUUUCUACGAUUCGUGUGAAAAAUUUCUCCACCCGGUCGAAGAAUGCAUCGGGCGAUUCGAGCAAGUCGCCGGCAUUGUCUGAGGAUAGAGGUUCAGUCCACCGUCGGAGAAGUCGCACGGUGGAGGAUGGUGACACGUCUGAAUCUGAGGAGUUUGCUUCUGAAGCCAAGAAGGCAAAGAAAGAUGGAGACACUUCUGGUUCCGCUGAACAACCGUUGGAUCUGAGUCUUUCGAAGAAGUCAAAAAACGACGAUGAAGAUGAUGGAGCUGAGGCGGAUGAAGAGAAGGAUGCUACCGAGGAGAUAGACAACCGUAGCUCCAACCGAAGCCCAACUCCGAUCGAAGUGACUAGCCCAAGGUCCACACCGACACCGUCAGUACCGACGCCCAACUCGUCGGAUGUUCCGCACCAUGAUCUAUCGCUCAGAGCACGUGCCCGCAACAACACUGGAUCUUCAAUUUCUCCGAAAGCUGCGUCUCCACUAGCAGAUGCGUUCACACUACCAAGUCCUUCUCCGUCACUCUCACCACGUCCCUCUCCGUCGCCCUCAUCACCGGGAGCCGGAGUCACUGGAGCCGGAGCGCACCAUCAACCCAUCUCCUACCCACGACCGAUCUACCCGCUUCUUCUCGAAGCCAUGUACCACCGUGGACCGGGUGGAAUGGGUGGCUUUCAGCGGCCCGCCUUUAACUUCCUGGACUCGCUGGAAUCGAACCUAGAUCUGCUCAAGCGUAGCCGUCAGUACAUGCCCUCGAAAGCGUUUCAUCAAGCGGCAAUGAUGCCACCGGGCUUCGGUGUUGGUGGUGCUGGCACCGCAGUUCCUGGCAGCGCUGGAGGACCCGUCCCGGCGGGCAAAGUAAAGGAUCGGUACUCGUGCAAGUACUGCGGCAAGGUGUUCCCUCGUUCGGCCAACCUUACACGCCAUCUGCGUACGCAUACGGGCGAACAGCCGUACAAGUGUCGGUACUGUGAGCGUUCGUUCAGCAUCUCGAGCAAUCUGCAGCGACACGUCCGCAACAUCCACAACAAGGAACGUCCAUUUAAAUGUCACCUGUGUGAGCGUUGCUUUGGUCAGCAGACAAAUUUGGACCGGCAUCUGAAGAAGCACGAUGCGGAUGCGGCCGGGCUUGUGCUGGGUGACUCACCUUCCUCCAACGAAGCGGAACGUGGGGAAGAUGUGUUCUUCGAUGAGAUCCGCUCGUUCAUGGGCAAGGUUACGUACUCGGGCCCAACGUCCUUGCUGCCUGCUGGAGCGGGACUUUCCGGAGCUUCUGAGGUGGAACCGACCCUGAAGGGCGAUGGAGAUGAUGGUGAGAGUAGCGUAUCGGGAAGACGCCGCUAUGCAACUCCAUUGGAUGUGACGGGCGGUGAUGAUGAUGAGGAGGAAGAGGAUGAAGAUGAAGAGGAGGACGCAGCCAGCUGUGACGGUGAGAGUGAUCUGAUCAACAUCGAUUCCGACAAGGAUACGAUCAAUAAUAAUGACACGAUCGAGGUGUCUACCUAAAGAUGUAAGGAAAAUGUAAUGCGCACACCGACACACAUACACAUAAACACGCAUGUAAAUAGGCAUUCUGGGGGGAGCUAAUUGGGAGUUUUGCUUUGGAUUUGGUUGCAGUCACUAGCGGCAAGCUGAAGCAUCAAGAAACGACAAGAAUAAUCAAACAUUAGGCAGUAAGAUAUGCGGCACACGAUGCAUCGACGGCGUUCUGAAGUAGAAAGUGAAUGUAUUAGGCUAGAAUUUAUCUAAAAGAUACUGCAAGGAUGAAACUGCGUUUAGUUUUGAAUUGCUUCUGAUUAGAUCGUGAAAUCUGCCCGCUUGGGUUGCACUAUGGGUUAAAUGCACUAUUUUUAAUUUCUCAAUGAGUUUACGUGAACACUUCAAAAGGAAGCUACAGUUGAACCAAAUAUACAAUGGAAGCUUAACCAAAUGGCAAACGCUGGAGACAAGGGAGACUGAUUCGAUGAAGGGAUUGGGCUUUCGUGUUAGCAGAACGCCUCUAUGGUAUGUUAAAUUGUACGAUAGAAAGGUUGUGGAUGCGCGAUCGAGUAAUUUAUUUCUGUCCUAUGUUACGAGCUUAUUGGUUUUACACAAAACAAAUGAAUUAGGCUAAUGCAAAAUUAAACAAACACACACAAAAAACACUGUGAAUAUCUUCAUAAUCAAUGAAUAGUUUAGCAUGGUAGGGUUUAUUCCCCGUUUAGGUUUAUUUGGAUUGAAUACUGUGCACCAUGUGGUGCAAUUUGAAUGUUUUUCAAUUUAGUUCAAAAUUAGACAAAAAAAAAUGGGCAACCACGGCACAUAACUCUCCAGUAAAUAGAAUAUAAUCUGUAGACAGUAAGCAGCAAAUUGUUAGUUAGUUUUAAAUUUCUUCUGUAAUAAAGCAUAGUCACACUGAUAAUUUAAGUCUUUACACCAUUGGAAUUCGCUUAACAUCAAAGAAAUGGAAAGGAAGAAUUUGGCGGAUUUGUUUUCUACUCUUGUUGCACGGGCAUGUACGUUUAUCGUGGUACUAAAAGAAAAAGCACAGAUAAUGGAGCUCAAGCUAGAAAAGGAGAUAUGUAAUCAGAUAGAAAAUAUAAGUAAAAAUUGAUAUCAAAGGAAAGGAUGGCAUGGAAAUCAAAUGAAUAGACGACGAAACCUUUCCCAGUUGGAGGGCAAAAGAAGAAACUCUUCCCGUUUUUCUCAAGCAACGAUUUCAUUCACGGUCAUUGUCACUAUUGAAGCAUAUUUUUCCCGUUCCAAAAUGUACAAUAUAUCGACUAAAACCAUCACCCCAAAAAAAAAACACUAUCUGAAUAAAGCCGAAAACUCACAGUUAUGUAUGAA